CAGCACCGGGAGGGAGACCUGCCGCCGCCGGGAAGAGAAGAGAAGAGAAUGCUGGAGGGCAAGGCGGUGGUGGAGGACACGGACAUGCCGGCGCGGAUGCAGGCGGCAGCGACGUCGGCCGCCUCCCGCGCGCUCGACCUCUUCGACGUCGACGACUGCCGCGCCAUCGCCGGCCACAUCAAGACGGAGUUCGACCGGCGGUACGGCGUGGGGUGGCAGUGCGUGGUGGGCGCCAGCUUCGGGUGCUUCUUCACCCACUCCAGCGGCACCUUCAUCUACUUCUCCCUCGAGCGCCUCACCUUCCUCCUCUUCAAGGCCGCCGCCGUCUCCGCCGCGGCCUCGUGUGAUGCUUCGGCGGUAUCUUGAUCUGCUCCAUGUCCAGUUCCAAUCCUGAAGAGUCUCAUUCGUCGUCGGCGGCGACGAGGGAUUCGGUCGGCCUCGAGACGUGGAAGGGCCUAAGGGCAUGCUCUGCUCAACUCGAACGUGCCAGAUUUUGUACAUAGACCGUGCUCACCAAAUUGCAGAAUGUUGGCGACCUCCUUGAUGUUAUCUUCGUUCUAGAUUCUGCCGAUCUCAACUCGUGAAGGUGCCACAUUUCGUUCGUUUGUCCUAACAUUCAGUUCAGUUUG